UAGUAUUCAUCAGUUCUGUUAUUUGGCCUUCACUUGUUCUUCUGUUCAUUUGUUUGAUUUGAACCCUUACACUCACACACACACACACAUGUUGCUUCCAAGAUCAACAGCAACACAUGAAACAGAAAACCAUAAUGCUUCGGAACAACUUCACCACCGAAAAGAUAUUGGCGCUGGCACUCUCUUUGUCCUCAAAUCAAAAGGUACAUGGAUGCACUGUGGUUACCACUUGACAACAUCAAUUGUGGCUCCACCACUCCUAAGUCUUCCAUAUGCUUUCACCUUCCUCGGAUGGACAACCGGAAUACUUUGCUUGGUCAUUGGAGCUUUGGUCAGUUUCUACUCAUACAAUUUGUUGUCUUUGGUCCUUGAGCACCAUGCUCAUUUAGGCAAUCGCCAGCUACGAUUUGGAGACAUGGCUCGUGGCAUUUUAGGUCCUCGGUGGGAUCGGUUUUUUGUGGGGCCAAUUCAAUUUGCAGUGUGCUAUAGUGCUGAAGUGUUGUGUCCUCUUCUUGGAGGACAGUGCAUGAAGGCAAUGUACCUGCUAUCAAACCCAAAUGGAAGCAUGAAGCUUUAUCAGUUUGUAGUGAUAUUUGGAUGCUUCAUGCUGAUUUUGGCUCAAAUUCCAUCUUUCCACUCACUGAGACACAUUAAUUUGGUGUCUUUGGUACUAUGCUUAGCCUAUAGUGCCUGUGCUACUACAGCUUCCAUAUAUAUUGGAAACACAUCAAAAGGGCCAGAAAAGGAUUAUUCUUUAAAAGGUGAUACAACAAAUCGCUUAUUUGGAAUCUUUAAUGCCAUUGCCAUCAUUGCCACAACUUAUGGCAAUGGAAUAGUUCCAGAAAUUCAGGCAACAUUAGCACCUCCGGUAAAAGGGAAGAUGUUCAAGGGACUAUGUGUUUGUUAUGCUGUACUUAUCUUCACUUUCUUUAGCGUAGCCAUCUCUGGCUAUUGGGCGUUUGGAAAUCAAGCUGCGGGACUCAUUUUAAGCAACUUCGUGGAUAAUGGGAAGCCUUUGGUUCCCAAGUGGUUUAUUUAUAUGACCAACAUUUUCACAAUAACCCAACUAUCAGCUGUUGGUGUGGUGUACUUGCAGCCUACAAAUGUAGUACUAGAGCAAACAUUUGGAGACCCAGAAAGCCCUGAGUUUUCUCCUCGCAAUGUAAUUCCAAGACUGAUUUCUCGGUCAUUAGCUAUAAUUACCGCAGCUACUAUAGCAGCAAUGCUGCCCUUUUUUGGGGACAUAAACUCGCUUAUAGGAGCAUUUGGCUUUAUGCCACUUGACUUCAUUUUGCCAGUGGUUUUCUUCAACGUGACAUUUAAGCCAUCCAAGCGAAGUCUCAUUUACUGGUUGAAUGUAACUAUUGCUGUUGCUUUCUCUGCAUUGGGAGCUAUAUCAGCAGUUGCAGCAGUUAGGCAGAUAGUUCUUGAUGCCAAAACUUAUCGAUUGUUCGCUAAUGUAUAAUCACAUUGGCCUAGUUUGUGAACAUAACUAAUGUCAAUCAUAUAAAGUUUAGAUUUUAGAAGAUUAUUAAACAAAUAUACAGGGAUAAGGCCAUGUUUAUUAAAUUUAAGUUACAAUUGUUUGCUUUCUGGAAAAUUCUGUAAUUUUUCUCUAAAUAAGUGACCAUUCCCUUAUGAAAAAAUAAAUUUACCUUUAUGUAA